UUCUAACCAAGUGGCGAAAUCGAGCCUUGCCGUGUUCGCGAGUUGCACUCGCAAAUUACGAUAUUUUGUGACUUUCUGGUGUUAAUUUCUGUGUAGAACUGCGAUUUAUCAUGCCAGCAUUGGACGAUAUCAAAUCUUCGUGGGCCGAUGAAGUCGAUUCGGACACGGCAUCGCUUCCACCGCCAUCGGAAGUGAUCGAAAAUGGGCAAAAAAUAGUGACCGAGUACAAGUACAACAAGGAUGACAAGAAGGUAAAAGUUGUACGUACGUACAAGAUCAGCCGUGUUGUGGUGCCGAAAUGCGUGGCUCGAAGGAAGAGUCUCGCCAAGUUCGGUGAUUCCGUUAGCGAUCGCCCCGGUCCAAACCCACAAACCACGAUGGUUUCUGAGGAUGUAUUCAUGCAGUUCAUCACCAACAAAGAGGAAGAGCAGAAACCCGAAAACGCGCUGGAUUCGAUGAAGAACAUCGUCAAGUGCCGUACUUGUGAAGGAGAGCAUUGGUCAUUCCAUUGUCCCUACAAGGGUACUCCGUACGACAAGCCUACAAAGCCUGUUGCAGCUCCUGUACCAGAAACGACGACGACAAACAAACCAGGAAAGUACGUUCCACCACACAUCAAGGAGAGCCAGGCCAAGGCAGGUUUGGGUGGGCCAAUGCGCGGACGCGACGAUACCAGUGCGAUUCGUAUCUCUAAUCUGUCCGAGGCCAUGACGGAAGCCGAUCUGGAAGAGCUGGUGAAGAAGUUCGGCCCACAUACAAAAAUGUUUCUGUCACGAGACAAGAGCACAGGCAUGUGCAAAGGUUUCGCUUACGUUCAUUUCCGCUCCCGCCGCGAUGCCGCGUAUGCUAUUGACGUGCUCAAUGGCUUUGGUUACGAUCAUCUUAUCUUAAGUGUGGAAUGGUCCAAACCUCAAACGCCCCAGUAACGGGCAUACAUUUGGUCAAAUAACGUGCUUGGAAGAGCAGCUGUAAGGUAACCGGGGAAUUUGGGUGCGAUCGUGUUGUCAUUCGGUACCGUUUCGUUUUACCGGCAAGGAAUUGUGUCUAGUGCACGAAGCAGAUCUGUGGCAAAUUAAAUGAAUGCGAUAAAUAACAGGAUGAUGAA